AUACGAUUGCCCACCCCUGAUUUAUAUCGACAAAACUGAGCACAGAAUAAUUUUAUGGGAAAGCAACUGACACAUGUAAGCAGCCUGCAUACCAAACUACAGAGGACAGUGUUUGGAAGUCGGAGCCGAGCGGAGACCGUGAAGGCAGCACUAGUCUGAGUCACAUGACAGACGAGUCUUUCCCACUGACACACAUCUGAUAAUCAUGCCGACCACACAACAGUCUCCCCAGGACGAACAGGAGAAGCUUCUAGAUGAAGCUGUGCAGGCUGUCAAGGUCCAGUCCUUCCAGAUGAAGCGAUGCCUGGACAAGAACAAGCUGAUGGAUGCUCUGAAGCAUGCCUCAAACAUGCUUGGCGAGCUGAGGACCUCCAUGCUCUCUCCAAAGAGCUACUAUGAACUGUACAUGGCCAUCUCGGACGAGCUUCACUACCUGGAAGUUUAUUUGACUGAUGAGUUUGCCAAGGGACGCAAGGUGGCUGAUCUCUAUGAACUGGUCCAGUAUGCAGGCAACAUCAUCCCUAGACUGUACCUGUUGAUCACAGUGGGUGUGGUGUACGUUCGCUCCUUCCCUCAGUCUCGUAAAGACAUCCUAAAAGACCUGGUGGAAAUGUGUCGUGGUGUCCAGCAUCCACUGAGAGGCCUCUUCCUCAGGAACUACCUGUUGCAGUGCACCCGCAACAUCCUCCCUGACGACGGAGAGCAGACAGAAGGAUCAGAGGAAAUGACCGGUGACAUCAAUGACUCUAUUGACUUUGUUCUGCUGAACUUUGCUGAGAUGAACAAGCUGUGGGUUCGAAUGCAGCAUCAGGGCCACAGCCGAGAUCGAGAGAAGAGGGAGAAGGAAAGACAAGAGCUGAGGAUUCUGGUGGGAACCAACUUGGUUCGUCUCAGCCAGCUGGAGGGAGUCAAUGUGGACAAGUACAAACAGAUUGUACUUCCUGGAGUGCUGGAGCAGGUUGUGAACUGCAGAGACUCAUUGGCUCAGGAGUACCUCAUGGAGUGCAUCAUUCAGGUUUUCCCAGAUGAGUUCCACCUUCAGACCCUCAACCCAUUCCUGCGGUCCUGUGCUGAGCUGCAUCAGCACGUCAAUGUCAAAAACAUAAUCAUCGCCCUCAUUGACAGACUAGCUCUGUUUGCCCACCGAGAAGAUGGCCCUGGCAUCCCAGCUGAGAUCAAACUGUUCGACAUCUUCUCUCAGCAAGUGGCCACUGUCAUUCAGUCUCGCCAGGACAUGCCAUCGGAGGACGUGGUCUCUCUCCAGGUCUCUCUCAUCAACCUAGCCAUGAAGUGCUACCCUGACCGUGUUGACUAUGUAGAUAAGGUCCUGGAGAGCACCGUGGAGAUCUUCAACAAGCUCAACUUGGAACACAUUGCAACCAGCAGUGCAGUGUCCAAAGAGCUGACCAGACUGCUGAAGAUACCAGUGGACACCUACAACAACAUCCUGACGGUGCUGCAGCUUAAGCACUUCCCACCGCUCUUUGAGUACUUCGACUAUGAGUCUCGCAAGAGCAUGAGUUGCUAUGUUCUGAGUAACACACUGGACUACAACACCACCAUCGUGGCACAGGAACAGGUGGAUGCCAUCCUGAACCUGGUGUCGACACUGAUCCAGGACCAGCCUGACCAGCCAGCUGAAGACCCAGACCCUGAGGACUUUGCUGAGGAGCAGAGCCUUGUGGGUCGUUUCAUUCAUUUGCUCCAUUCUGAAGACCCUGACCAGCAGUACUUGAUUCUCAAUACAGCCCGGAAACACUUUGGCGCCGGUGGGAACCAAAGGAUCCGCUACACACUCCCUCCACUGGUCUUUGCUGCCUACCAGCUGGCCUUCAGAUACAAGGAAAACUCCUCAUCGGAUGACAAGUGGGAGAAGAAAUGUCAGAAGAUCUUCUCGUUCGCUCAUCAGACCAUCAGUGCGCUAAUCAAAGCAGAGCUUGCUGAGCUGCCUCUCCGGCUCUUCCUCCAGGGGGCAUUGGCUGCAGGCGAGAUAGGAUUUGAAAACCAUGAGACCGUGGCCUAUGAGUUCAUGUCACAGGCCUUCUCUUUGUACGAGGAUGAGAUCAGUGACUCGAAAGCCCAGUUGGCAGCCAUCACGCUCAUCAUUGGGACUUUUGAGCGAAUGAGAUGUUUCAGUGAGGAAAAUCACGAGCCACUGAGGACUCAGUGUGCGCUGGCUGCCUCUAAGCUGCUGAAGAAGCCUGACCAAUGCCGAGCUGUCAGCAUCUGCGCCCACCUCUUCUGGUCCGGUCGCAGCACCGACAAAAAUGGUGAAGAGAUUCGUGAUGGUAAGCGUGUGAUGGAGUGUCUGAAGAAAGCACUAAAGAUUGCCAACCAGUGCAUGGACCCAUCGCUGCAGGUCCAGCUCUUCAUUGAGAUCCUCAACAGAUACGUGUGCUUCUAUGAGAGGGAAAAUGAUGCGGUGACAGUUCAGGUGUUGAACCAGCUGAUCCAGAAGAUCAGGGAGGAUCUUCCCAACUUGGAGGCUAGCGAGGAGACCGAGCAGAUCAACAAACACUUCCAUAACACACUGGAGCAUCUUCGCCUACAGAGGGAGUCCCCCGAGUCUGAGGGCCCCGCCUAUGAGGGCCUUGUUCUUUAAAACCACAGCAAUUGGGAAGGGUUUGGGGGUCAAACUCUAGAUAUAUAACUAGAUUGUGAAUAUAUAACCGCACACAGUUGGAGAAACACACACACACACACACACACACACACACACACCCCAAGGUAUCCCAUCCAGUAGGCCAGGGUUAAAAAAAAUGUGAUGUGAUUAUGCUUCAGAGAGCUAUCUACCUUCUCUUCAGUGCUUUCCCUAUCCCUCCUCCUUUCUUAACGUUUAUUUUCCCAAUCAGUUUUCUCCUCCCUGCCUCCCAGGACCAUUUCAUGUUUUGCUAGAGCAAGUUUUGAAAUGUUACAUUUUGACAAACUGGUGCAUCAACAAUACUGCACUUAUAUUCUUGUCCUCACACUUCCAAAGUCUUUGGCGUCAUUCCUUUGUGAAUUUCUACUUGACCAUUUUUGUCCUCCAGAGGCACUCUCUGUACUGAGAAAACGGACAGAUAAUUCAGUUCACCGCCAGGUUUUAAUAAACAGGUGAACUUAUCCUGGCCUGUCACUGCAUCGCUCAUAGCCCUUCUGUCUGUCUGUCCACUGGGUCAUACAUCUCUGCCCUUCACUUGUUCAUCCCCUCAUAUUGAAAAGAACAUAUUUGGUUCUGGUGUUUGCAGAAUGUAAAGUGUCACAGUGAUCAGUCGGUCAUGUUUAAGGGCAUAGAUGCCUCUCCUGAAUUUGCAAUAAGUCUUGUAAUAGCCAAACAAUAAGCUGUUCUUCAGGACAUCUAGGGGGAAGCCUUACCAGGUGUAGAUGGUUCAGUGGAAGCUCAUGUGAGUUACAGUCCUGCAGAAAUGGCACAGAUAACAUUGUUCCUCUUAGAAAUGCAUGAAUCUUAAAAGAAGGGCCAUUUUUUCACCCCUGUCAAACUGUUGUGGUGGAAACUGUUUUGGCUCCUCACAGUUCAGUUGAUAAUCAUGCAGUAUUUUGCAUGACCUUUUGAAAAAUCAAUAGGGUUUCUGUUGCGAAUGGUGGAGCAUUAGCUGCCUGCCUCUUGUCAAGCUGUGUGGACUCACUUAUUUUCGAAUAUGACUUGACGGUUUUAUCCCUCAACCUCUGCCUCUCUAAGUACAUCAUGUUUGUCUUGACAUGUCUGUUUUGGCCUCUUAAUUCUUUUGUCGAUUUAUUUCUGGCCGCCGUCUUCUGCCCAGUGGACAGGUGUGUUCAAAGGGAGUAAAGUAGAGCAUAUCUGUGCAAGUUUUAGCAUAGGUCCAUGUUUGUACCAUUAAGCCAGGUGUCCAGGUCAUUUUCUCUGUGUGGAACAAAGACAAAGCAAGGUUGUGGAUGUGGCUUCAUACUAUCUACGCUGCUUAGCUCCAGUGUCUGAGAUCGUCAUAGCUUUGCUGAUCCGUGUUAUUGCUGGCUGGUAAUUUAUCAAUAUUGCCGGCAAAGCUGGUUACUGAUGGAGCAGUCCCACCCUUUGAGUUGAUCUGUUUGUGGUGGCUGUGCAGUGACUCCUCUGGAAAUUGCAUGGUAGUUGAUUGAGCUGCCAUACUGAGCGCUUGAUGGCAUGUGUGAGAGUGUGUGUGAAAUUUUUACAUUGGUUGCUGCAGCUUUCAACAGUGUCUGCUAAUCUCUUUAUUUCUUAGCUGUUAGUAUUGUGUUGAUUUGGUGGAUGCAGCAACUACUUAUUCCUGUCCCUCCCUCUCUGUCAUGUAUUGUAUGUAUAACCUACUUGUAAAUCAGAAAGAGGAAAAAAAGCAGAAUAUCAAUUAUCAUCAGUGUCAUUUGCACAAAUAAACAAAUUCAUAUUAACCCUA